CCGGCGCGAAGAUGGCGGUUUCGGCUGCAGGGUCCGGGUCGGUGGAGGCGCCCAGUUCACUGCUGCUCGUGGUGGGCGGCGAGUGCGGGUGCCCCGGGCUGCUAGCCUAUGUGCUGGAGGAGCUUGAACGAGGCAUCCGGUCGUGGGACAUUGACCCUGGCGUCUGCAGCCUCGAUGAGCAGCUCAAGGUCUUCGUGUCACGGCACUCGGCCACCUUUUCCAGCAUUGUGAAAGGCCAGCGGAGCCUGCACCACCGUGGAGACACCCUGGAGACGCUGGUCCUCCUGAAUCCAUCAGACAAGUCCCUGUGUGACGAGCUCCGGAACCUUCUCCUGGACCCUGCCUCUCACAAGCUGCUGGUGCUGGCUGGGCCCUGCCUGGAGGAGACAGGGGAGCUGCUGCUCCAGACAGGGGGCUUCUCACCCCGCCACUUCCUCCAGGUCCUGGGGGACAAAGAGAUCCGGGAUCUCCUGGCCUCCACACCCCCGCCUGCAGACCCACCCAGGCUCACCAUCACCUGCCCGACCUUUGGUGACUGGGCCCAGCUGGCACCCGAAGUGCCCGGCCUCCAGGGCGUGCUCCAGCUGCGGUUGAACCCUCCAGUGCAGCUGCCGGCUUCUGAGGGCCUGCGUGAGUUCCUGGAGUACGUGGCCGAGUCGCUGGAGCCGCUGUCCCCCUUUGAGCUGCUCGAGCCUCCAGCCUCCGUGGGCUUCCUCAGGCUCGCCCGGCCCUGCUGCUACAUCUUCCCUGGUGGCCUGGGGGAUGCUGCCUUCUUCGCCGUCAAUGGCUUCACCGUGCUGGUCAAUGGUGGCUCCAACCCCAAGUCAAGCUUCUGGAAGCUGGUGCGGCACCUGGACCGGGUGGACGCCGUGCUGGUGACCCACGCGGGCGCUGACAGCCUCCCCGGCCUCAACAGUCUGCUGCGGCGCAAGCUGGCGGAGCGUGAUGAGGCAGCCGCUGGCGGGGGCUCUGGGGAUGACCGGCUGCGCAGGCUGAUCUCCCCCAACCUGGGCGUCGUGUUCCUCAAUGCCCGUGCAGCCGCCUCGCGGCUGGUACGCGGGGAGGAUGAGGCGGAGCUGGCCCUGAGCCUCCUGGCCCGGCUGGGCAUCACCCCCCUGCCUCUGAACCGUGGGCCGCUGCCGGCCGAGCCCACCGUGCUCUUCCAGAAGAUGGGUGUGGGCCGGCUGGACAUGUACGUGCUGCACCCGCCCUCGGCCGCCACUGACCACACGCUGGCCUCUGUGUGUGCCCUGCUGGUGUGGCACCCCGCGGGCCCCUCCGAGAAGGUGGUGCGCGUGCUGUUCCCUGGCUGCACGCCACCCGCCCGCCUCCUGGAUGGCCUGGUCCGCCUGCAGCACUUGGGGUUCUUGCGGGAGCCUGUGGUGACCCCUCAGGACCUGGCGGGGCCUCGGCGAGCUGAGAGCAAGGAAAGCGUGGGCUCCCGGGACAGUUUGAGGAGAGAGGGCUGGACGACGGCACCCUCCAGGCCCGCCCAGGAGCGCCCCGGGGUGGCCCAGAAGGAGCCACCGCGGGCUGAGGCCCCUCGCAAGGCUGAGAAAGAAGCCAGGCCCUCCCGGGAGGUGAAGAAGGACCCCAAGCCGAGCGCCCCUCGGACCCAACCCCGGGAGGUACGGCGGGCGGCCUCCGCUGUGGUCAGUGGCAAGAAAGCAGGUGCCCAGGUGGCUCCCAAGCCCCGCAGAGCACCCAACACACCCCGCCCGGGUGUCCCACCAGCAGAGAAUGGGCCCCGCAGCCCACCUAGCUUCCGGUGCAGAGAGGCCAGCCCCGCCACGGAGGCCUGUGGCUCCCCGGCCCCCCGGCUGGUGGCCACGCCCAGCCAGGAGAGCAGCCUGGAAUUGGGGCUGAGCCCAGCCGGGGAGGAGGGCGGCAGCUUGGAGGAGAAGACCCUGGAGCUGCUCUUGGCCACCAGCACCCCCGAGCCGUGCACACCCUCACCCGCCGGAGCCCACCAGGGCCCAACUGAGAGCAGCGGGCCACUGUCACUGAGCCCGCUGCGGGGUGGGGAGCCUGGGCCGGAUGCGUCCCCCACGGUGACCACCCCCUCGCUGCCUGCCGAGGUGGGCUCCCCACACUCCACAGAGGUGGACGAGUCCCUGUCGGUGUCCUUUGAGCAGGUGCUCCCGCCACCAGCUGCCGCUGCAAGUGAAGCCGGGUUGAGCCUCCCACUCUGUGGCCCUCGGGUGCUCCGCUCGGCCUCCCCACACGACGUGGACCUGUGCCUGGUAUCACCCUGUGAGUUUGAGCACCGCAAGGCUGUGCCCAUGGCGCCGGCACCUGUGUCCCCCGGCAGUUCCAAUGACAGUAGUGCCCGGUCCCAGGAGCGGGCGGGUGCUCCAGGGGUGGAGGAGACACCACCCACGUCCGUCAGCGAGUCCCUGCCUACCCUGUCUGACUCGGACCCCCUGCCUGCCGCCCCUGGCACCGCGGACUCAGAUGAGGACACAGAGGGCUUUGGGGCCCCUCGCCGCGACCCACUGCCUGACCCGCUCAAGAUACCCCCGCCACUGCCCACCCCACCUAGUAUCUGCAUGGUGGACCCUGAGAUGCUGCCUCCUGAGCAGGCGCGGCUGAGAGAGGGCCUCGGCCAUACCCGGAAGCCCCUUACCCGCCCCAACCGUGGCACCACUGCCCCCAAAGCCACUCCAGUGACUGCUGCCAAGACCAAGGGGCUGGCCAGUGGGGAGCGGGCCAGUCGGCCACUCAGCGCCCGGAGCGAGCCUAGUGACAAAGGAAGUCGGGCACCCCUGGCCAGAAAGCCCUCAGUCCCCAAGACAACCACUCGAGGUCCAUCCGGGUCAGCUGGCAGUCGGCCAGGAGGGUCACUGGCCCUGCCGAGCUCCCCCGUCUACCUCGACCUGGCCUACUUGCCCAGCGGGGGCAGUGCCCGCCUGCUGAACAAGGAGUUCUUCCGGAGGGUGCGUGCGCUCUGCUACGUCAUCAGUGGCCAGGACCAGCACAAGGAAGAGGGCAUGCGGGCUGUCCUGGAUGCACUUCUGGCUGGCAAGCAGCAGUGGGACCGUGACCUCCAGGUGACCCUGAUCCCCACCUUCGAUUCGGUGGCGAUGCACGAGUGGUAUGAGGAGACGCACGCCCGGCACCAGGCGCUGGGCAUCACGGUGCUGGGCAGCAACAGCACUGUGUCCAUGCAGGACGAGGCCUUCCCCGCCUGCAAGGUGGAGUUCUAGCCCCGCCCCCAGCACCACCCCCCGCCCCAAGUCCGCCGCCGUCCUGAGGUGCACCUGUGUCAGAAAUAAAACAGGUACUCUGCGCGGCUGUGGCCUCAGUUCCUUCUGCCGGCAGGAGACUUGGCAGCACUCCGCGCGGUCAUUGCUGCCAUGUGGGUCCCCAGUUCUGGGGGGAGACAGCUUCUGGGGAGUUCCCAGUAGCCUCCAGGUCAGGCAUGCUCUGGCUUCCGUGUCACAGAUGGGAAAACCCAGGCCCAAGGGCGACAGUGCCUCUCAGGUGAUGACCCCUGGCCAGUGGAGCUCGCUGCUGACCAUGGCCCUCCAGCCCAUCCCAGCGGCCGUGAGGGCCCCGUUCUAUAGAUGGGAAAGGCAGCUGCCAGACCCCGGCCACACAAACCAUUUAGUGGCCUAGCAGAGAUCUGAACCCCAGUCUCUGUGCUCCAAAGCCAUUAAAUAAAAGUUGCCCUCUGUUCCUAGGGAUAAUUGGCACUCAUGGCAGGAAAGUCUCACUCUACAGCAAGGUCUUAAAAGGUAAUCUGAGGGAAUUCUCUGGUGGUCCGGUGGUUAGGACUCAGUGCUCUCACCGAUGUAGCCUGGGUUCAAUCCCUGGUCAGGAAACUAAGAUCCCACAAGCCACUUGGCUUGGCCAAAAAAAAAAAAAAAAGCAAUCUGAAACUUAAAAGCUACAAAACAUCAAUCUCCUGAUGAAGCCCCUCCCUGAUCUCUCUAUUCUGCAUGUACAGAAACACCUAGAUAGUGUUUUCAAUAAGAUGCCAUCUGCACUGGGUUGAAUGGUGACCUUAAAAAACUUAUGACCAAGUCCUAACCCCUCAAUACCUACCCCCCUUUUCCCGUGAGGAGAGACUUCUUAGUCCAGGGUCUCAAGAUAGGUUACUGUUUAUACGUGAGGUCGUAUCACCCUGAUUUUUCAUCUUGGCCAAACUGUUGAGUACAUACAGGUGCUGCCUCCUUGUUCUCAUUUCAUUUCUUGCCAGGGAGAUUUUCUUAUAUUUAUUUUUAAUUAGCUGGUUCACUUUUUUUUUAUUAGACAUUUGUCUUUUUCUCAUUCAUAUAUCAUAAUUCCUUUUUUUUUAAUAGGGACAACAAACUUGUCAAAAAUUUUAAUUGUAAACAAAAACACGUAACAUAGGGACUUCCCUGGUGGUCCAGGUGGUAAAGAAUCUGCCUUACAAUGCAGGGGACGCAGGUUCAAUCCCUUUUCAAGGAACUAAGAUUCCACAUGCCGUGGGGCAACUAAGCCUGUGCGCCGCAACUACUGAGCUCACACGCCUCAACUAGAAAGCCUGGUACCACAAACUACAGAGCCCAUGCACUCUGGAGCCCACGCAUCACAACUAAAGAAGAGAAAACCUGCUGCCACAACUGGAGAGAAGCCCGUGCACUGCAACAAAAGAUCCCGCGUGCCACAACUAAGACCUGAUGCAGCCAAAAAUAAAUUAAAUAAAUAAAUAAUCUUUUUUAAAAAUCCUCAAGAAAAUAAUAAUAAAAAAAACACGCAUAACAUAAAAUUUACCAUCUUAACAAUUAAUAAACUUUUGCAUUGUACAUUUUUUUCCAAAUUUACCUUUCAGUUUUGUUUAUGAGUAGUUUUGCUGUAAACAUUUUAUUUUAUGAUUUUCAAACCACAGUUCUUUAAAUGUCUCUCUUUUGUGCUUUUAGAGGCCCUUCCACAGUUGGCACAAAUUCUCCCAGAGUUUUUUAUUUCUGUUUAUUUUUACCCACCUAGGACUUAAUUUUGGGAUGAAGAGAGAGGUAAGGAUUGCCCCAACCUGGGCAAUUCGAUUGUUCAAUGCUAUGUACAGAUUUGAAACACUCCUUCCUCCCUGAAAAAGAUCCCAUGUGUGUCAUUGUUUGUUUCUAAAUCUGUUCUAAUCCAUCGCCAACUUUUCUGGCCAUCUCCUUGUUUUCGUUGGUAUAGCUUUGUGUGCCUUAAUAGCUCACCAGGCAGGUUCUUUCUCCUUAAUUUUACUUUUUUCCUUCACAAAAAAUUGUUUUUACAUUCUGAUUCUUCUUAGAGUUCUAGAAUCUCCACGGAGGGGGCCCAAACACAUGCAUAAGAAACGCUGUCAACUUCUGCUUCUGACCAGAUAUUGGGCUAGAGUCCCAAUAAAAACAUCUAAAAUUGCUGGGUAAAAAUAAGUUACGUCUUGAUUAACAUAAUGUAAGAGUUAAGUCUUAAUUUCUGGUUGCUCAGUGAGCAACCAGAAAAUAAGUAACAGUCAGAGGCCAGACCAGUGCAGACAGAAACCCCAGGAGGGAAGCGGCUUUUGUGUUAGACAAGGCAGGUUUGGUCUUCGUUUUCAUGGACCUUCAAGAUGGUGUGUCUGAUAAGUAAAGACCUCAAAGCAUGAAGUAGAAAUCAAAAUAAGAUCUUCCCAAGAAUGGAAAGCAAACUUGGGCAGAUGACAUGGUUUAAAGUAGUCCAGGAUGAGUGGGUGUGAAGAAAAGGGAACCCUCUUGCACUGUUGGUGGGAAUAUAAAUUGAUACAGCCACUGUGGAGAACAGUAUGGAGGUUCCUUAAAAAACUAAAAAUAGAACUACCAUACGACCCAGCAAAUCCACUACUGGGCGUAUACCCUGAGGAAACCAUAAUUCAAAAAGAGACAUGAAAUGCUCAUGAAACUGCAGAACACUGUCAGGUGAAAUGUGUAAUGAUUAUGGCUUUUUAAAACAUUUUAUUUAUUUAUUUGGUUGCGCCAGACCUUAGUUGCAGCACGCAGGAUCUUUAGUUGCGGCAUGUGGGACCUAGUUCCCUGACUAGGGAUUGAACCUGGGCCCCCUGCAUUGGAGCAUGGAGUCUUAGCCACUGGACCACCAGGGAAGUCCCUAGGCCAGUGCUUCUUAAACUGAGAGCCACACAACACAUUCUUCAGCAUUUUUGAGUUCUGUAGGAGAAUUUUUAGUUUUUAAUUAGAUGCUAAUUUAAAAGUUAAUACUAGCAUAUUUCAGAUUAUCUGAUACACUUAUUGUCUGUUGAGGAGACAGGCUGAAAAACUGCACUGACAGACAGAUCAGAGGAGGGCUCCGUAUUUAUGAUUGCAUUUGUGCUGAGGGAUCUACCAAAGAGUUUAGUUUUAAAUGUGUUGGUAAGAAUGUCCAGCCCUACUACAUAUCCUGAUGGCAAGAAGGUAACACUUAUCCGACAACUACUAUUACACAACUCUUACUAGUUUCAAAUACAGGAAAAAUUUUCACUCUUCUUUUUUACAGUGAUAAUUUGCAACUGAAAACCAUUUUCAUAGAAUAAAAUGUUGAUUUCUUA